UCAGAAGGGACCAUUUCUAAUCAGACAGAUGCAGCUCACUGUGAACCCUGCCCAGAAGACCAAUUUCCCAACAAGGACAAGGACCAAUGCAUUGCCAAGAAGAUCCACUUCCUUGCCUAUCAAGACACCCUGGGAUACACUUUAGUUUUUCUUGCUCUUUUUCUCUCUGGGAUCACUUCUGCAGUCCUGGUGAUUUUCUAUAAACAUCAUGACACACCAAUCGUCAAGGCCAACAACCGAGAUCUCACCUACAUCCUCCUGGUCUCCCUCCUGCUCUGCUUCCUCUGCUCCUUCCUCUUCAUUGGUCAACCAGGGAAGAUCACCUGUCUCUUCCGACAAUCUGCCUUUGCCAUUCUCUUUUCCCUGGCAGUUUCCUCUGUGUUGGCAAAAACUGUCAUGGUGGUUUUGGCCUUCAUGGCCACCAAGCCUGGAAACAGGUCAAGGAAACUCUUAGGAAAACCACUGACCAACUCCAUUGUCUUAGCCUGUCCCCUGAUCCAAGCUGUCCUUUGUGCUUCCUGGCUGGUAACCUCCCCUCCUUUUCCCAGUUGGGAUUUCCGCUCCUUGUUUGGAGAGACCAUCUUGGAAUGUAAGGAAGGCUCAGCUGUAAUGUUUUACAUUGUCCUCUCUUAUCUAGGACUUUUGGCCCUCAUCAGUUUCACAGUGGCAUUUCUAGCUAGGAAAUUGCCUGAUAGUUUUAAUGAAGCCAAGUUCAUUACUUUUAGCAUGCUGGUCUUUUGCAGUGUUUGGAUCACUUUCCUCCCCACCUACCUGAGCACCAAAGGGAAGUCCAUGGUGGCUGUGGAGAUCUUCUCCAUUUUGGCCUCUGGGGCUGCUCUCUUGGCUUGUAUCUUUUUUCCCAAAUGCUACAUUAUUCUACUGAGGCCAGAUCUGAAUUGCAGAGAAAAUAUAGAGCCCCACUAUCCCUCACCACCCCCACCAGCCCAGGAAGCCCAGCCCAGGCAAGGAGAGUCAGCAGAACAGCAGCAGCCUGGACAGGAGGCAAGUAGGCCCAGGCAUCCCAUUGGGGAAGUGCGGCUGGGCUGCAGACUCCCAGUGUCCUUGGAGCUCAAGGGUCAGGUUUCUGCUGCCCAGGACCCCAGGCAGCCCAUGCUGCCAUCCAGGGCUGUCCCCCAUGGCCCAAGACGGAAGUGGCAGCCUGACCACUUCCCUUCCUCACCCUCUCCGGUGCUGGAAGCCAACUGUCAGACACAGGCCCAGCUGCCCAUUUAUCCCUCUCACUCUUUGCGUCUCUGGGCUCAACCAGUGCCACAGUCCACCGUGCAGGCCUAG